AUGGAUCCUCAGCGUGGUCGAAGGGGUGGUGUUUACUCUGGUGAAGCCAUCCUGUCGGGACUGGUUUAUUCAGAUCCUUUUGACCAGAACGUAUUUGAAAAUGGUAAAAACACUGGCGAGAUCUCUGUUUGUAUCAGUAAAAAAGAUUUGGGAUCUGAUAGCCCAAUUCAAACUGAUGAUAUGAUGGAAAGAUUCCGUCUCAAGAUUCAUCAAAGGCUUCAAGGUUCUUCCAUCAACCCACCAGGCCUCAAUUUUUCUUCAAUGCGGCUUUUUGAUGAGAAUGGUCAAGAAAUUAAGAAUCCACUUUUGCUGAAGAAUGAGCAAAAAAUUUGGGUCUCUUAUGGUAGAGCAUACAGAUCUCCACUAAACCUUGCUUUGGGUUUGACUUUUGAUCGAGUGAGUGCAUUUGCCAGAGGUGACAUCGUGGUUGCAUAUAAAACUUUUUUGGAUCCUAAUGCUGUUCUGCUACCUGGAUGUGGCAAUUGGGAAGUUUGUGAGGGAUUUCCAAUUAAUUUCAACUGUACCAGUCAACGGAUACCUGGCCAGUUUGAAAAGGUGGACUUGGAGAACCAUUUCCUACAAAAUAAGGUUAGAUUUUAGUAAUUUUACCUUAAAAGGUGCGUUUCAUGCAUUGGACAUUCAGCCGAUGUAGGAUGGAUA